AUGGCUGCAGAGACGCAGGCCACGACGAGGGGCGCCACCAGGUUGGCCGCCGCGACGCUCCCGAUCCCUCCCGCCGGCGCCGCCCGCCAGUACAGCGGGCCGUUGUACCCGUACGUGCCCGGGCCGAACCCGCCGGGCCCGCCGAACCACCCGUACCCCCAGCCGCCGCAGCACUCGUCGCCCGGGCUGCCGUACCCAAAGGCCAAAGCCGCCGUUGCUGCCGAACGUGCAGCUCGUGAAUUGACUGAAUUCCGAAUUGACACCGUUGGGUUUUCGUCGUCAUCGGUAGGUUGGACCAAGGUGGCCAUCGUCACCGGCGGCGCGAGCGGCAUCGGCGAGGCGGCGGCGCGGCUGUUCGCGUCGAGCGGCGUCACGGUGGUGAUCGCGGACAUGCAGGACGCGCUGGGCGAGGCGGUGGCCGCGUCGGCCGGGUGCACGUACAUGCGGUGCGACAUCACGGACGAGGCGCAGGUGGAGGCGACGGUGGGUGCCGUGGUGUCCGCGCACGGGCGGCUGGACGUCAUGCUCAGCAACGCCGGCGUGCUGCUCCCAACGGGGUCCGUGAUGGAUAUGGACCUGGCGGAGCUGGACCGCGUGAUGGCCGUCAACUUCCGCGGCGCCGCGGCGUGCGUGAAGCACGCGGCGCGCGCCAUGGUGUCGCCGAACGGCCCCCGCGGCGGCGCCAUCGUGUGCACGGCGAGCGUGGCGUCGCUCCAGGGCGGGUUCGGGCCGGCGUCGUACACGGCGUCCAAGCACGCGGUGCUGGGCCUGGUGCGCGCCGCGGCGGGGGAGCUCGGGCGCCACGGCGUGCGCGUCAACUGCGUGUCCCCCAGCGGCGUGGCCACGCCCAUGAGCUGCGCGCUCAUGGGCAUCGGGCCAGAGGAGCUGGAGGCCAUGACGGUGCCGGGCAACGUGCUGCAAGGGAAGGUGCUGCGGGCGGAGGACGUGGCGGAGGCGGCGCUGUUCCUCGCGUCCGACCAGGCGGGGUUCAUCAACUGCCACAACCUCGUCGUCGAUGGCGCCACCACCGUCGUCAACCCCGCCGUGCUGCACGCCGUCGGACUGUGAACGCCGACCGUACCCCGUCUUGUUUGCCAUUGCCAUUGAUCUUGUUGUUGCAUAAUCCUGGCACGUUCACAUGAUCCUGUUACUUUAGAGUUUGUUACAAUAAGCUGAGCUCUUUCACCGUUGUGACGAGCGCGUCUGCAGGCACCUGAUGCAUGCUCCGUUCAUGCAGAGGCAACCUGGGUCUUUAGUUUCCUCUUCUGUGCUCUGCACGUUCUCUUUGUGGGAUGGCGCGGCCGUUUCGGGUGCGUGGAGAGCGCGGGGUUCAUGGUCACGGCUUAGUUUGUUCAGGUUGCAAU